AUGGCUUCCAUUUCGACAAUCUCUCCUCCGAACCUCACUUUCCCGAAGCAAAACCUCUCUGUUACCUUCCCUAUCAAACGACCCUCACGUCUCCACUUCCCUUCCCAACCUUUAUGCCUCUGUCUCAGCUCCGUCGCCGACGACAACCACAGCAGCACAAACAAUAACGACGGCCGAUGGAAUUCGAUUCUCCGCGAAUUCGUCACCGGCGCUAUGAAGCAAUUCGAAUCGUACGUAAACGCGCUCAGAAAAGGCCGCGCUGCAGCUGAAGACCGCGGCGAUGUUAACUAUGAAGAUUGGGAUUGGAACCGCUGGCGUCAGUAUUUCGAUGAGGUUGACGACCAAGAACGUAUUGUCAUCAUCCUCAAGUCUCAGUUACGUCAUGCUGUAUAUGUGGAGGAUUAUGAAGAAGCUUCUAGGCUUCAGGUGGCAAUUGCAGCUGCAUCUAACAAUGACAGUGUUGGAAAAGUGAUAUCCCUUCUCAAAAGAGCCAUAAAAGAAGAGCGGUACAGUGAUGCAGUUUUUUUAAGAGAUAAAGCUGGUGCUGGACUUGUUGGUUGGUGGGCUGGUAUUUCAAAAGAUGUAAAUGAUCCACAUGGUUUAAUUAUUCGCAUAACUCCAGAGCAUGGAAGAUAUGUGGCAAGGAGUUAUAGUCCUAGGCAACUUGCAACAUCUGCUGCUGGUGUUCCUCUAUUUGAGUUUUUUCUUACAAGGGAUAAAAAAGGUGACUUCAAGUCGCAGGCUGUGUACCUAAAACGAAAAGGGUCAUACCAUGGCCCCCCAACAAUGUCCUCUAAAACAUCGGAUGCUAGUGAGCUGUUUGUUGUGAGUACUGAGGAUUCAGAAAGUGGUGAUGAUAGGAGUGAUGGCUCUGACCCUUCUGAGAGAAUGCCUGCAUUUCAGAAUGUCUUGAAAGACAUGAUUCCUGGUAAGAAGCUGAAGAUUUUCAAAGUGAUAACUCCAGGAAAAGUUGACAUGGAUCUAUCUAAGGUGAUUAAGGAAUUAAUUGAGGAAGAAGAAAGUGGGAAUGAAAAUGAAGAUGGAGAAGAUGACGGCAAUGAAGAAGAUGACACUGAAGACGAAGACGCAGACGCAGACGAAGACGAAGACGAAGAGGUGAUUAAGGAAUUAAUUGAGGAAGAAGAAAGUGGGAAUGAAAAUGAAGAUGGAGAAGAUGACACUGAAGACGAAGACGGAGAUGAAGAUGAAGAAAAGGAAAAUGAUACAGUAACUCUGGAACUGGAAGACAUUAAUUUGGAAACUGAUCAAGAGGGAGAUGAUGAGAACGAGAUAAAUGCCGAUCUGGGAACUUUUGAACGUGAAGAACAGAAUGAAAUUGCUGUCAAAGUUGUCAUUGGUGGUCUUAUGCAGAAACUUUCCAGCAAUUUAUCCCCUAGAGAUUUGCUUCGAGUUCCUGCUAAGCUGGAGAUGAAGGAGCGUGGUUCAUUUUCUUUUACUGUUGAAAACGAAGUCAAUCAGCAGGAUGGUCAUGACAAAGAGAAAUCUUCAUCAGAUAAAUCAAUUAAGUUUCAAAGUCGUCGCAGAGUUGAUCAUGUUAUUUCUGACAUUGCUAAAUUUAUUGACAAGGAAAAUGUACCUGCAAAGAUGCUGAAAGAGGUGGGAGAAUUAUUAAGUCUCACUCUAAGUCAGGCUCAAAAUCAUCAACCAUUAUCCGGGUCUACGAUUUUCAAUCGCAUUGAAAUACCAUCUUCAUUUGAUCCUCUAAAUGGCUUAUAUAUUGGAACAUAUGGUCUUUACUCCUCUGAAGUUAUUCAAAUGAGGCAUAGAUAUGGUCAAUGGCAAGAAGAUGGUAGGGCAAAGGCGACUUCAGAUCUCGAGUUUUAUGAGUAUGUAGAGGCCUUGAAACUAACUGGGGAUCCUUAUGUACCAGCUGGCCAGGUGGCAUUUCGUGCAAAAGUUGGAAAGAUGCAUCAACUUCCACAUAAAGGGAUAAUUCCUGAAGAAUUUGGAGUGAUUGCUCGUUAUAAAGGUGAAGGAAGAUUGGCUGAGCCAGGGUUUCAGAAUCCGCGAUGGGUUGAUGGUGAACUUGUAAUUCUUAAUGGAAAGCACAUUAAAGCAGGGCCUGUUGUUGGAUUUGUGUAUUGGGCUCCGGAGUAUCAUUUUUUGGUCUUUUUUAAUCGGCUUAGGCUUCAGCAGUAG